AGUGAGUGAGUGGUAGGUUAGGUGGUCCCUGCAGGUCGGGUCGUGUGCGCGAAGGCGACUAGCCAAGGAAGUGUGAUUUGUGGAGGCUUACCAAUCAACCAACCACACGCACCGACGGAGGAAGGGCGCGCCAUGAUAAAGUUAAAUGACUCGCUCCAAGCCGGCCCAGCUUCUAGCGAACCAAGACCGACACAUGCGCGCCAUGUCUGCUCGGACGAGCGCCAGGGCCGCUCUCGCCUCCUCGUCUGCGAAACCGGCAGCUGCUGCUGCUGCUGCUACUGCGGGCGCCGCGAUGUCCCGAAAGAGGGCGCUGCCGUCCAAUGGGCAUGUUAAAAAGGGGGAGGAGGGGGAGCGGGGCGAGGAGGGCCUUGAAGGCGGGGAGGGAAGCGCAGCGACGAAAAGGAGAAAGGGCCCGCGGGCGCUGUUCGCACCCGGCCCUGCAAACGCUGCGCCACCUGUCGCUGUCAAAGGGGAAGAAGGAGGUCAAGAGGGGAAGCUGGAUAAUGGGGCAAGUCCCUACAAAGUGCUUCGACGGUCGACGAGGGCUAGCACCUCAGCGGCAGCGGCAGGGGCCGACGCAGGGGCAGGGGCAGCAGAGAGCGUGCCUGUCGACGAUGUAUUGGAGGAAGAGAAAAAGCCGGCGAAAGGAGUCAAAAAGGAGGCGAAGGAUCCCUUUUCGACGUCGCCCCGAAAGGCGCCCUCGAAGCCCAUCAAGCUCGAGCUCGAGGCGCACGAGGCACGACCCGCGCCCAAGCGUUGGCGCGAACAGCUCGCGAUUCUCAAUGAGCAGAGAAAGCGCAUCGUCGCUCCCGUCGACACCAUGGGCUGCGAGGAAAACGGCCGCGACGACCGGCGAGGCGACGUGCAGAGAGUGCAGGAUGGCGUAGAGAGCGAGGAGGACAAGCGCAAGAGAGAGCGCUUCACCAUUCUCAUCAGCUUGAUGCUGAGCAGCCAGACAAAAGAUCCAGUGACAGCUGAAGCGGUGCGCAACCUCCAGACUCGCCUCGACGGCGGCCUCACGCUCGAGUCGCUCCUUGCUGCGCCACAAGACCUCAUCACAGAGUGCAUCGCAAAGGUCGGCUUUUGGCGCAGAAAGACAGGCUACAUCACCAGUGCAGCGAAAAUUCUCAAGGACGACUUUGGAGGCGAUGUGCCAAAGACGAUCGACGAGCUCUGCAGCUUGCCUGGCGUGGGGCCCAAGAUGUCCUUUUUGGCCUUGCAGUCGGCAUGGGGCCUCAAUGUUGGCAUCGGCGUCGACGUACACGUACACAGGGUGUCGAACAGGCUCAAUUGGGUCAAGUCGCAGGACCCAGAGGGUACACGCCUGCAGCUCCAGAGCUGGCUCCCCAAGGAGCUCCACAAGACGAUCAACAAGACGCUCGUCGGCUUCGGCCAGGUCGUCUGCCUGCCUGUUGGGCCCCGGUGCGACCUCUGCGCCCUGGGUGCGGCCAGAAUGUGUCCGUCAUAUCGCAAAGUGGACCCCAAAUCAGUCCUGAAGCGCGUCAAGGUCGAGUUCCUCCCCGAGGGCACUCAGCACCCCAGCGACGCCAGGGUGAAGCCAGAGGUCGAGGAAGCCAUCAAGGUCGAAGGGCCAGAUGGGGCCGGGGUGCUCCUUGAGGACAAGGAUGCCGUCCAGGCUGCGACUGGCAUCAAGACCGAAGCCGCUGUCAAGGAAGAAAGCCUUGAUUGGUAGUAGAGGGAGAGACGCCUUGCUAGCUACAGCUCAUUGAAGCGGAGAAUCUCGAUGGGCUUGGCAAGCCAGGGCUGGUGAGAGCGUCGUUGUCAGCUAGCUUAUAGAUGACUUGCACACACACAUGAACGGACGCUCACCUCGACGGCUGGGUUGAAAGUGGCCC